UUUAGGAGAAGUUUAUGGUUUAAUCCACUUCAUGGAGCCCAUCUUGUGAUAUAGGCAGAAUAUAUUUUAAUGCAAGAUAUUAAUGAACUGGAAUGAAGUAAUGAGGCUGUGGCUACAUGUUGAAGGCUUCUACAGUCAAACAAAAACAUCUAUUUGCUUUUCUUUUCAUGCUGUCAAAAUGACUGACUGCAUAGCUGAGUUCAGGGUAAAUGCACAGGGAGGAGUCUUAUACUAACAAAGCACAUAAAAGGAAAUUGCAUGCAAUAUAAAAAAGAAUAUGUAAUUACAAGCGGCAUGACUUGGCAUGUUAUUAUUAUGUUAUUUCAGGAGACCAGACUGUUUAGACUUAAAUCCGGUUGUAGAUGCUCAUAAUGAGGGCGGAUUACAGGAGAUAAAGUGGGAGGAAGCCUGGAAAAGGGAGAUGGAACUAGUUUUGUCUCAACAGUGACAAACUCUUUACUCUGUGAAGGAUGAGGAGGAAGAGAGGAUGGAUUUCUCUUAUUGGAGAGGGAGCAGAUCGGUGAUGACAGGGGUAAAGCAAGUUUGAGAGGGCUCGAGUUUCAAAGGUUAUGGACGUGGUGGAAACGGUAAUUGAGGAUGCUAAGUGACUUCUCUAAACAGCGAGAGAUGAAGACGUCGCUCAGAGCUGAGUCUCCAGCAACCAACAAAGCCACCGACUACGAGGCUGAAACCGCUUUCCUCGGAGAGUGGGGACGCUUCCAGCAGCAGGUGUUUUUCUUCCUCUGCCUUACUAUCAUCCCCAACGGAUUCACAGCCCUGGCCAUCGUGUUUCUCGCUGACACGCCGCCUCACCACUGCCUCGUACCCGCGCACCUUAACCUCACUGACGCAUGGAGGAACAGCAGCAUCCCGCUGGAGGAGGACGAGAGCCGCGGGAGCGCGCUGGUGCCCAGCAAGUGCUCCAGAUACAAACUGGACUACUUAGUGAGUUUCUCGGAGAGAGGCUUGCUGCCCGGCGUUGACGUUAAUCUGUCCAAUGUACCGAAAGAAUACUGCUUGGACGGAUGGGAGUAUGACCACAGCGUGUACACAUCUACUAUCAUCACUGAGUGGGACCUGGUGUGUGAUCAAAGCUGGAAGAAUCCACUGACUUCAUCAUUUUUCUUCUGUGGUGUUCUCACUGGCUCCUUCAUUUCAGGACAGCUGUCUGACAGGUAUGGGAGAAAAAUAGUACUGUUUGCCACCACAGCGCUCCAGCUGGUCUCCACUUUUGUUGAAGUUUUCUCUCAGAGCUGGACUGCAUUUUGUGCAGUGUAUUUUUUUAUUGGACUGUCACAAAUUUCCAAUUACGUGGCUGCAUUUGUCUUAGGCACUGAGAUUUUAGGACCUUGCGUUCGGACAGUUUUCUCCACUGCGGGGGUAUGUCUGUUCUUCGCUCUGGGCUACAUGCUUCUGCCACUGGUCGCGUUCUUCAUCAGAGACUGGAGGAUGCUGCUCAUUGGCCUCACGCUGCCACACUGCCUCUGUAUGCCUCUCUGGUGGUUCAUCCCAGAGUCUCCUCGGUGGCUGCUUUCUCAGGGAAGAGUGCAAGAAGCUGCGGCCAUAAUCAGACAAGCCGCUAAGACAAACAAGAUUGAGCCUCCACCAGUCAUCUUCAGCCCUUUGCAGAAAGAAAUUAAGUCUGAGAAGAAGGGGACCCAUAACAUCUGUGACCUGCUUCGUACUAGAAACAUCCGCUGGAUCUCUAUCACGCUGUGGCUGGUCUGGAACACCCUGACUAUCGCCUACCUUGGUCUUUCCCUGAACACUUCCAACCUCCAUGGAAACGCUUACUUCAACUGCUUCCUGUCAGCUUUGGUAGAGAUGCCAGCCUACACUUUGUCAUGGGUUAUGUUCCGCUGGUGUUCCAGACGACUGAGCCUCUUUUCAACUCUCUUCAUGGGAGGGUUGUUUCUACUCAUCAUACAGCUCAUACCAGCAGACUUGGUUUAUCUUGCCAUAACGCUUGAGAUGAUCGGCAAGUUUGCAGUGACAACAGCCUUUGCCAUUGUGUACGCCUACUCUGCAGAAGUCUACCCGACAGUCCUGAGGAAUACAGCUGUUGGCACCUGUUCCAUGGCUUCCAGAAUAGGAAGCAUCACUGCUCCAUUCUUCAUUUACUUAAGAAGCUAUUCUGUUUCACUGCCUUACAUCCUAAUGGGAACCCUCACAGCUCUGACGGCGUUGCUGAGUCUCCUGCUGCCGGAGAGCUUUGGAAUGCCUCUGCCUGACACCAUCACUCACAUGCAACAGUUCCCGGGAUGUUGUCGGAAAACGCCUUAUACACUCACAAACACUGAUGAAGGGGAAAACAGCACACAAGACGCAUCAGUCAAAUCAGACUUAAUGACUAAAUGAACAACAAUCUCUGCACAUUUCUUUGAGGUGGAAACUUUACAGAAAGAACUAAAUGAUUGUUUGAUGAUUUGAUGUAUGAAAUUAUGUGUUAACAACAGGACGGUGAGGCUGUUAUGUUUUCUCUUCCACUACUGCCAGUAAUGUGAGUGAGCACCCUCUCAUUAUGGGUUUGUACCUAUCCCAUAAUUACAGAUUAUAUUCACUGUCCACUGUUAAAACAUUUAAUUACUGUACCUUGUUUAAACACAGUUCAGUGCAAAGAAUAACUUGUAUUUGUCUAGCAACGGUUACAUCUAAACCAGAAGCUUGUUGCUGUAGAUUUAUGAUAAAAUUUCAUAGUUUAGAUUCUGGUAAAUAUUUGAAAAUACCAUUUACAAACUACAACAGAAGUUCUUUGUCACUUUCUUGGUUCUUUAAAAAACACUGUAUUUGUGAAACAUGUUUAGUAAAUGUAUUUUAAAAACUGUGUAUUUCAUGACAAGAAAACAAACAAAAAAAAAAAACAUUUGUAUUGUAAUUGUGUAAAAGUGUAAUGAAUUCCUAAAUUAUUGUUAAAACCAUGUAUGCUGCAAAAAGGGUGGAAACAAAGCCCUUUCAUUCCGAGUGAGUCAGUGUGGUAAAACUAUUGAAUUGUGCUGUAAUUUAAGCUUUUUCUUUCCCCUUUAAAACCAUGCUAAUUUGAAAUAUACUCAAAGCACGGGAAGAACCUGUUGCAUCAGACGUGCUAAUAAUAAGUCUACUUCAGUCACGACAGUCAGAGCUGACUUUCAGAAAGUUCCACAGGUUGUGAAUGUUUUCAUCUUCGAGCCACAGCACUGAAGUAAUAUUUUGAUUAUUACCAUCUUAUGGCUAAAAAUGUGAGCAGUAACAUUUAUUUGGAAUAAAGAUGUAACUUAAUUCCAAAAAAAGCUUAUAAAAAACACAACUCGUUUACAAAUGUCUCAAACUGUUGGUUUAAUCCUUACAAUAUGUUUUUGAAAAAGAUGAUUGACCUGUUUUCAAUAAAACUGUAGAGUAAAUAUUUGGGGACUGAGGAGACGAACCUUGGCUUUAUUUUUAUUCCCAUUCUUUUUUUUAAUUUUCAGGUACAAUUACGUAUAAAAGGUAUAAUUCAGCCUCUCUCUUACUAAUUGCUGGGAUAGACUCCAGCUUUCCUGCAACCAUGAAUUGGGAAUUGAAUGAACAAACAAAUGAGGUAUAAUUUAAAUAUGUGUCCUUUGUCUCAUGUUUUGUUUCAUCAUUCACCAAAAAAAAAAAAACUCCAGUGGGUAGCAGCAGG